CUUCAUCUUCAGUCGAGGCGUCAAACGUUGCCAGAGCGCAACUCUGACCUCUAGCGGAUACAGAGAACGACGCAACAAAAGGAUAGAUGAAGAAAAUCAACAGUGAAUGUUACCAGUUAAUUCAUGACUCCUGCUGAGGUUGAUUUGUUGGGACACAUGACACUUCUGCUGUUGUGGAUCACAGAGACACACAGGACCAGCAGCAGCAGUGGAGGCACAUGGAAACGUUUGGUCAACAGACAGCAGCACACAUGGACCUAUUCAAACAGCAGAGAGUGGAGGAUUUCUAUGAAAUUGGUGAAGAGUUGGGGAGCGGUCAGUUUGCUAUAGUCAAACAAUGUACGGAGAAACACACAGGUGUGCAUUUUGCCGCCAAGUUCAUCAAGAAGCGUCAGAGUAUGGCCAGCUCCCGUGGCGUGCGGCUGGAAGAAAUCGAGCGCGAGGUGAACAUCCUGCAGCAGCUGCAGCACGCCAACAUCGUCAGGUUACACGACGUGUAUGAGAACCGCACGGACGUGGUUCUGAUCCUGGAGCUGGUUUCUGGUGGUGAGCUGUUUGACUUCCUGGCCCAGAAGGAGUCACUGAGUGAGGAGGAGGCCACGCAGUUUAUCAAACAGAUACUUGAAGGGGUCAACUACCUGCACGCCAGGAAAAUUGCCCAUUUUGACCUUAAGCCUGAAAAUAUUAUGCUGCUGGACAAGAAUGUUUCACUGCCCAGAAUCAAACUCAUAGACUUUGGUUUGGCUCACAAGAUCGAAGCUGGAGUUGAGUUCAAAAACAUCUUUGGGACACCGGAGUUUGUAGCUCCAGAGAUUGUCAACUACGAGCCCCUGGGACUAGAAGCGGACAUGUGGAGCAUCGGAGUCAUCACGUACAUCCUGCUCAGUGGCGCCUCGCCGUUUCUGGGUGAAACCAAACAAGACACUCUGGAGAACAUCUCUGAUGUCAAUUACGAAUUUGACGAAGAAUUGUUCUGUCACACCAGCGACCUGGCCAAAAGGUUCAUCAGUCAGCUGCUCGAGAAGGACAAGAGGAAAAGAUUAAGCAUUCAAGAGGCUCUGAAUCACCCGUGGAUAAAGUUGAAUGAACAUAAGGAGGAAAAUAAAACCCAGGAGCCAAAGAAGAGGGAGCGACGGCAGCUGAAGACCAAGCGCCUGAGAGAAUAUACUAUCAAGUCCCACUCCAGCAUGCCUCCAAACAACACCUAUGUAAACUUUGAACGCUUUGCACAAGUGGUGGAGGACAUUGACCAGAUGGAGAGCUCGUUUGUCAAUUUGGCAGCAGCGCACGACUCCCUGCAGGAAGACAUUGACGCCAUGGUCUCUAUAUACAACGACAAGGAAGCCUGGUACAAGGAGGAGAGCGAGGGUGUGCGCCAGGAACUCUCUCAAAUCCGCUACGAGUUCCGGAAAGUUGAAGCGCUGAAGAGGAGCCUGCAGGACGACAUUCAGGCCUUCGGCCACAGCUUGAACUCCGUCUGCAGCCGAUACAAGGAGAGGAUGAGCAACUUUGACCUCCUGCAACAGGAGCUGAGUGAAGAGCUGAAGUGGGUGCAGGAGGUGAUGGCGUCAUUUCCGAUGGACGGAGGUGUAAGCGGAUAUCCCAACUUCUGCACGGUCAUCAAUAACGACGUCAACGAAGCACUGAAGGAGCUGCUGAAACGCUCCUGUGGAGGGGAGCUCCUGUCUGGAAUGAACCUGGACUUUACUGAACCUGGACAGCAGCGAUAGGCCUGUACAACCACAGUAUCUGGAUUUGGAUGAUGGAAAUGAUUGUUGUACCAUAUUGAGUUUGUAAUAGGAAUGUCCGAUAUUAACUUUUAGCCAAUAUCCGAUACGUCGAUUUUGUCCAAACACGUAAUUUCCAAUUCCAUUAUCAACCGAUACUAAUAUAGCAGGCCAGUGGUGGCCUGAUGGUUAAGAAAGUGCCACCUUCUCACUAAGGGAAUGGGUUAAAGCCAUGGCUGACAUCUAGUGGCUUUUACUAUCACAUACAGCCGUUUUUCCCAAAAACAAUUUUCAGGUCACACUUCAUUUGGCAAAACCCAGGCAUUGCGUUAUCGGGUAUUCAUUAUUGGAGGAAAAAACAAUAACGAUUCUUAAAGAUAUUACCUAAUUAUGCUAAUCUCAAACCGAUAACAUCGGUUUGUUGAUAUAAUUGCACAGCCCUAGUUUUAACCUUUUAGCUGGUAAAUAAAAAAAACGUUGUUGGUGGUGGUUUGGUUUUAUAGUGUCACAUCAGCAAUCAUGGACUGUCUGUAAUGAGACCCUCUAAUGAAAUGAUGGGGGUCACUGUGACCCUGAACUCACUUGUGUUUGACGCCCUGAUGAAGACGAUGCUACGUGCUAACAGACAGUCAUAGCCCAUGAAUAUUUCCGUGCACUUUGACCUGCAGCUUGCAAAAGUGGAAUCCUGGCCACGAUGUCAAACUGCAGGUUGUAUCUGUGGCCUUUGAUGUGAGUGGUGAGGUAAUCUACAAAGCAAAACAAACGUCUGUCUGCUGCUGGUAAUUGAGAGAUUCUGAAAAAUCUAUGUGGGUUAAAUGUUCUUUUCACUUUAGGUUUUUUACUUUAUACAGCCAAUAGUGCCGUGAUGAAACGGGUUCUUUUAGCACCUGGACUAGAUUUACUAUGCAAAAAAAUAGGAUAGUGUCACACUUGGUAUUUGAAGGCCAUUCUAGUUCCAUGACUAACUAGGAAAAUAAGGUACAGUACGAAGGUGGAUUCCCUCUAUUUGCUGCAGUACUUUGUCCUGCCUUCAGCAGUUACUACUGUACUCUUAUGGUGCUAACAAAUAGCAUUACCUACGCAAAAAAAAAAACAAAAACAUUUUUCAGUGUCUGAGAAAUAAAAUCUUGAUGUGAGGAGAAAAACAGCACUCACAGAAACAACCUGUAAUGCUGGCAGUAGUUGCAGAGACCCAGCUGCACCAAUCGUGAUCUCUAAUCACCUCUGACACCACUCAGAUAACCAGGACUUUAAACCCACACCUACUCAGCUGACGCUUUCCUCAACAGAAUGUUUUUCUAAGAGCACAAUGAAAACUACUUCAUAAAAUAUAGAAGAAUAUUCUCUCUUAUAGCUAAAUAUUUUAUUCUAUUCUAUUUUAUUCUCACCGGGACUUAGGUGAUGUAUUACAGUGAAAAAAACAGAAUCUUAAUGGAGUCUGAAGAAGUUGCUAAACAUGCUAAACAUUUUCCGUAACUGAGUUACGUCAGAAUGCGAACUGGUUGAACUCGAAAAAAUACCGAAAAUAUGAUAAUACCUUAAGGCUGUUGGUACGAUACUACAGUAUGUACAGUGUGAUGCAGUUAUGUUAGGAGCAUCCUGGCGAGUGGGCGUGGCCAGAAAAACAAAAUACAAAACAGAAAGUGACUAAUAAGAAUAAAAAUCAUUUUAAAAA